AUGCGUGUCGCCCUCUUCUCCCUCACCACGGUGGUGGCAGCCAGUCCCAUGACAAGUUACAUGUCUUCCAUGGAAUCAAGAUCUGCUGCUGUCAACAACAACUUGAUGAACAACUUCCGUUUCUACGCCCAGCAUGCCGCGGCCGCUUACUGCAACGCCGAGGGCCCCUCUCCCGGCGACUCGGUGGCCUGUGGCGGCGAGUGCGACGACGUGAUGCGCAACGGCGCCACCAUAAUAGACACCUUCCAGGGCAGCAAGACGGGCAUUGCCGGGUACGUCGCCGUCGACGACACCCGUCGGGAGGUUGUCUUUGCCACGCGCGGCAGCCACAACAUCCGCAACUUCAUCACCGACAUUCUUUUCCUCAAGCGCGACUGCGACUUCACCUCGGGCUGCAAGAUGCACGACGGCUUCUCCGACUCGUGGAACGAAAUCUCCGCCGCCGCGACCUCGGCCAUUAAGGAGGGCCUGCAGGCGAACCCGGGCUACAGGCUCGUCAUCACCGGCCACUCGCUGGGCGGCGCCGUCGCCGCGCUCGGCGGUGCAUACCUCCGCCGCGCCGGCUUCGCAAACGACAUUUACACGUUUGGCGCGCCGCGCGUGGGCAACGACGUCUUUGCCAACUUUGCCAACAGCCAGGCCGGUGGCCUCUUCCGCAUGACGCACAUUGACGACCCCGUCCCGCGCCUGCCGCCCAUGAUCUUCAGCUACCGCCACAGCGGGCCCGAGUACUGGCUGUCCAACGGCGGCGCCAUGCAGGACAAGUACCAGCCGGCCGACAUCAAGAUCUGCCAGGGCAUUGCCAGCGUCGCCUGCAACGCCGGUACAUUUGGCUUCGACAUCCUCGCUCACCUCCACUACCUCACCGACACCUCGGAUUGCGCGCCCAUCGCCAUCAAGUGGAAGCGCGACGACAACCCUUCGGAUGAGGAGCUCAAGCAGCGCCUGACCAAGUGGAGCCAGCAGGAUCAAGCUCUUGUCAAUGGGCAGUAG